UUCCCCCUCAGAGAGCGCGAGACUGGAACGCUCUCCUCAUCUGGGGCUGUGAGAACCCGGAGGAAGUGCGCGUGAGCCGUCACCGCGAGCCGACCGAGUUUAAAAGUGAUUGAACGGCGUAACGGCUUUCAUAUUCCGUACAUCUGUAGUCUGAGAGGAAAUAAAGCGUCUGAAAAACCCCGCCUGUGAUCCUGUCGAGAACAAGUUACAGUUACUGCUCUUUUCUCAAUGCAGGGACGAUUUUCUUUUGGGAUGAGACUUGAAAGACCGAGGUAGGGAACGCUAGCUCAAUUGUUAGCCGGUCCGCUAACAUAUAACGAUAUUUUUGUGGUUUUUUUCAAAGAUUGGAGUUAAAACUCAAAAAGAAAACUUCAGCUGGAAUCAAAUCGGGGUUUUUUUUGUGCUGCUACUUUAUACAUAUUUUAAUACAUAUUUUGGGAUAUAUCCUUAUAAAUCAUUCAUAUCUCGCUCCGAAAAAAUGGUUUACCAAACAAGGUGCUAGAUGGUGAGUAGGAAGGCUGUGCGUAAUGCUGAAACGACUCAUCCAGAGUCAGAAUGAGUGUCACAGAUGGCGAGGGCACAGUUAGCCAAGAUGGCCGGGCCUACAUUCUUCAAAUCUACCCCCGCCUCUCCUUAGAGACGGCAGCAAGCUGCAAAGUCAGAGUGCACAAGGAGGCCACAGCGGCCACCGUCAUCCAAGACGCAGCCGCCACCCUGGGGCUGGAUGCCGCCAAGCACUAUGUAUUGGCUGAGGUAAAGGAGAGUGGAGGGGAGGAGUGGGUUCUGGAGGCCACAGAUCUGCUAGUGCACAGGAUCUUGCUAUGGCCAAGGAAAGCUCAGGAGGAGCAUCCGCAAAACGAGGGAUUUUACUUCAUCCUGCAGGAACGUAAUCGUGAUGGCACCAUUUGCUAUGCUCACCUUCCUACUGUCGGUAGAGAGCAGGACGCUCAGCACCUGGUUGCCAGAGGCUUCCUGCCUCCCUGUCACAAGGACUUUAAUGACCUGUGCAACCUUUCCAUCCUAAAUGAGGACACUAUCCUGGCCAACCUGCGUAGCCGUUUCAAGAAAAAGAAGAUCUACACAUAUGCAGGCAGCAUCCUUGUUGCCAUCAAUCCUUUCAAGUUCCUUCCCAUCUACAAUCCCAAAUAUGUCAAGAUGUAUGAGAACCAUCAGCUGGGCAAGCUGGAGCCCCACAUUUUUGCCAUUGCAGAUGUUUCAUACUACACUAUGCUGCGCAAGACAAUCAACCAGUGCAUCGUUAUAUCCGGGGAGAGUGGCUCGGGCAAAACACAAAGCACUAACUUUCUGAUCCACUGCCUGACUGCUCUGAGUCAAAAAGGAUACGCCAGUGGUGUGGAAAGGACUAUUCUGGGAGCAGGGCCUGUUCUGGAGGCAUUCGGCAAUGCAAAGACAGCCCACAACAACAACUCCAGCCGCUUCGGGAAGUUCAUACAAGUCAACUACCUGGAGAGUGGCGUGGUUCGGGGGGCAGUGGUCGAGAAGUACCUGCUGGAGAAAUCCCGCUUGGUUUCCAGAGAAAAGAAUGAAAGAAACUACCAUGUGUUUUAUUACCUUCUGGUGGGAGCAUCUGAGGAGGAACGCAAGGAGUACAAGCUCCUGCAGCCGGAGAACUACAACUACCUCAAGCAGCAAAACUUUACCAUAGAGGACGCAGACGACCUUCGGCAUGACUUUGAGCGACUGCAGCAGGCCAUGGAGAUGGUGGGCUUUCUGCCUGCCACCAAGAAACAGAUAUUCUCGGUGCUGUCAGCAAUUUUGUACCUGGGCAAUGUCACUUACUCCAAGAAAGCCACAGGCAGGGAUGAGGGCCUGGAUGUGGGACCACCUGAGGUGCUUGCAAACCUCUCUGAACUCCUCAAGGUCAAAGAGGAGCUGCUAGUCGAGGCGCUCACAAAGAGGAAAGCGGUGACGGUCAAUGAUAAGCUGAUCCUUCCCUACAGCCACAGUGAGGCGAUCACCGCCCGGGACUCUAUGGCCAAGUCUUUGUACAGUGCGCUUUUUGACUGGAUUGUCCUGCGCAUCAAUCAUGCUCUUCUCAAUAAGAAGGACAUGGAGGAAUCUGUGCCGUGUUUGUCUAUAGGCGUUCUAGACAUCUUUGGCUUUGAAGACUUUGAGACCAACAGCUUUGAGCAGUUCUGCAUCAACUACGCUAAUGAACAGCUACAGUAUUAUUUUAACCAGCACAUCUUCACGUUGGAGCAGGAGGAGUAUCAGGCUGAGGGCAUUACUUGGCACAAUAUUGACUACACUGAUAACGUAGGCUGCAUUCACCUCAUCAGCAAGAAACCCACCGGACUCCUCUAUUUACUCGACGAGGAGAGCAAUUUUCCCCAUGCCACAGAUAUAACCUUGCUGGCAAAAUUUAAGCAGCAGCAUGAGAGAAACCACUAUUUUGUGGCCACACCUGUGAUGGAGCCAGCUUUCGUUAUCCGCCAUUUUGCUGGAAAGGUCAAGUACCAGAUCAAGGAUUUCCGGGAGAAGAAUACAGACCACAUGCGGCCAGACAUCGUUGCCUUGUUGCGCAGCAGUGAUCGGGCCUACGUGCGCCAGCUGAUUGGCAUGGACCCGGUAGCGAUGUUCCGCUGGGGCAUCCUCCGUUCUGCCAUUCGUGCUCUUGCUGCCUUCAAUGAAGCUGGACGCCGGUGGGCUGCGAAAACCUCCGGUGUGGUUAGACCUGUUUCAAGAGUUCCACUGGGAGAGCUACAGCGGUCCAACACACCCAUCGAGAGGAUGUAUCGCCGGGCCUCUAUGCUCGAUUUCUCUUUUGAUCUCUCAGAGGAGCGCCCCCUAGAGGCUUUCGAGGACAUCUUUGCUAGUUAUGAGAGUAAAAACGACAUGCACGCCCAAAUUAUCAACUCCAUUAAGGACUUGCAGUUGGAUGGCGAAGACCCACGAAAGCUGCUUCAGUCCUGGGGUCGCCUGCGCUUCCCACGUCACGUUCUUCAGAAGAACAAGAACACAAAGAACAAGCAGCUGAUUCCGAAGAACCUGCUGGACUCUCGCUCACUGAAGUUUAUCGUGGGCCUUCAUGACCGCACCACAAAGCCUCUGCUCCACCUACACAAGAAGAAGAGGCCCCCGAGUAUUAGUGCUCAGUUCCAGACCUCCCUCGGUAAGCUGCUGGAAACCCUGGCGAAGGCUGAACCCUUCUUCAUCCGCUGUCUACGUUCAAAUGCUGAAAAGAAGGAGAUGUUUUUUGACGAGGCGCUGAUUCUGCAGCAGCUACGUUACACAGGCAUGCUAGAGACAGUGCGCAUCAGGAGGUCAGGAUACGCUGCCAAAUACACCUUUCAGGAGUUCAUUGAGCAGUUUCGCGUGUUGCUGCCAAAAAAAGCGUCUACUCCAGAAGAAAUCUUGACGCUGCUUCAAAACCUCAACCUCGACCCCAAGACGUACCAGAUCGGCAAAACUAAGGUGUAUCUUAAAGAGCUAGAAAGGCAAAAGCUUCAGGACACCCUCCACAAAGACGUCAUGCACAAAAUAAUUUUCUUGCAGCGCUGGUUCCAAGCUAAAAUGCAGAGAAGGGAGUUCAUACGGAUGAGGCAGGCAGCCAUAAUUAUUCAGCACUCCUGGCGGGAAUGCCGCAGCAGACGGUGUAGAGCAGCGACUCUGAUUCAAGCUGCAUGGCGAGGAUACAAACGGAGAGCCGAAUACCAGAGUUGCCGAGCCUCUGUAACCAAAGUCCAGGCCCUGGUCCGAGGCCAGUCGGCUCGAAGAAGGUACAAUUCUCUGAAGGAAGAUAAGAGUCAGAGAGAAGAGGAAGAAGCUCGACAGAGGAAAGAAGAGGAGGUAGCAGCAGCCAGACGAGCCCAAGAGGCAGCAGAGGGGGCCCGAAAAGCACAAGAGGCUGAGAAGGCAGCCAGAAAAGAGAGAGAGGCAGCUGAGGCUGCCAGGAGGGCACAAGAGGAAGCAAAGAAACAAAAAGAUGCAGAAGAGCUUGCUAUUAAACAGAAGCUAGCAGAGGAGGAGGCAGCAAAACUCUUAAAACAGAAGACAAAGAAGGAAGCACCAGCUCUGCAACUUAAUAAUCAGGCUGUCUUAGAAAUUUACAGUCAGAAUGAUUUAGCACAGACCUCUGGGAAAAAGGAACGCCAGCAAACUGAGGCUGGUCCUCAGCAUAAAGCAGAGCUCUUGGAUAGUCAAGUAACACCUGAGCACAGUAAGAGUUUGGUUGUUGUAGAGAAGCAAAAUAAAGCUAUGGGAGAUGCACAAGAAGCAAACAAGGACUCUAUCACCACCACACCAGAAAAAUUGAAUCCGAAUACAGCUACUGCUCACAGCACAAUUUCCAUUUCUCCCCUCCCUAAACCAUCCAUCAGUGUUUCUGUAGAAGAUUAUGUAAAAAGCCCACAAACUGAUAACCUAACACCUAACGCCAUUCAUCCUGAUUUAGGGCGGCCCAAAACACCACCAAUUGGGAAACUUCCCACCACCCGGAGUCAGGAAAAGAGAGAGCUGAGGAGGCAGCGUGGUUUAGAACACAACCAGAGGGAGAGUGUGCGUGCAGCUGCUGCAGGCAAAGAUGAGCGCUGCAAAGAGCUUGACCAGUACACCUUCAUAUCCCAAAAGAAUGAAAAGCCUAAGAAGGAGGCUGAAGAUGAAGAGAUGGUAAAGAAAGAGGCUGCAACCGGCCCAGUCAGACCCUCGACUUUACCCCUGGAUGUGCCUGCAUCUAAUGAACCCAAACACACUCCAUGGACCAAGGAACUGCCAAGCCGAGAAAAAAGCAACACCCAGCCUGAGAUUAUGCUGAAAGAAACCAGACACCAAGAAGAUAAGAAAGCUAGCAUGUUAAAGACCUCCCGGUCUUUUGAUGACAUUACAGAGUUUAAAACCUCAGAUGUCCCCGCAGUUUUGCAGCCCAUGCCUCGUGUUGUUGAGGGUACACAGGGAGGAAGAGUGAGUAGCGUGAAAAGGCCACCGCAGGACGACAGCCUUCAUGCCCAUCCUCCCACUCCUGAGAGAUCAACAGGCUUCUUGAGGAAGAUCUUGAAGAAACGUCCUCAUAAAGAGGCCCAAACUCCAGAAGACGGAGAUCUAACACUGGCAGUUGGUCUGAGUGAAAAAGAGAGCGUUCACUCCAUCACAUCUUCACGCACACCUCAUUCCGAGCCUCCCAGUGGCCGCCUGAGUCGAAAUCCUACUAUUAAGAUAAGCCGGGCCACACGGGUCACAGAGCAGUGGAACGCCUCACUGGACCGGGAGAUCACCAAUGCCAACGAGCUUCGGCAUCUCGAUGAGUUUCUCGGAAAUCAGGUGAACGACCUGCGUUCGAGAGGAAAGCACCUGUCGGCGACAGAGCACAUCUUUAUUACAGCCACCAUGCUGUUCAGAGAGAACAUCAAAAGCAUGUAUUCGCGUUCAGAGCCUCACAUUGGAUAUAAGAGUCUAAUGAGGGGCUACCAGAAAAAGGUGAACAGCUUAGCGGGUGAACAGCAGAAGGGCGAGGUGCAGCUUGUUGUCAAUCUUUUCCAGUCAGUGCUGGAUGGGUUUAUACGAGGGGAGAUCAAAAGGGAGGAGGCUGAACCUGCGAAGCCUCCAAAGGGUCGGAAAAAGAGGCGGAAAAAAGACAAGAACACGGAAAGUGCACUGGACCAUGUGUUUAGCAACUUCCAGGUGAACAUAAUGCAGUCAUGUGACCAGUGCUCUUCCUACAUCUGGGUGAUGGAGAAAGCCUACAUGUGCAGCUAUUGCAAGCUGGUUUGCCACAAGAAGUGUCUGUCCAAAAUCGUCACAGAUUGUAAUACUUACUGCUCAAAAAAGAAUGAAGAGGACUCCAGUUCUCAGCACUUUGGUGUGCGUUUGUGCCGUCUGGUCACUGAUAAGGUCCCGAUUCCCAUGGUUCUGGAGCUUUUGCUAGAACAGGUGGAGAUGAAUGGCCUCUACACUGAGGGCAUCUACAGGAAAUCUGGCGCAGCCAAUCGCAUAAAGGAGCUCCGGCAACUUUUGGAAACCGAUCCUAAUACCGUGUGUUUGGAGGACUACCCCAUCCACACUGUAACUGGUUUGGUGAAACAGUGGCUGAGGGAGCUCCCUGAACCCCUAAUGACAUUUAAUCACUAUAAUGACUUUCUCCAUGCAGUAGAAUUACCUGAAAAGCAAGAACAGCUUCAGGCCAUCUACAGGAUUAUAGAGGAGCUCCCUACAGCCCACUACCAGACUCUGGAGAGACUCAUUUUCCACUUAGUCAGAGUGUCGAGAGAGGAGAAGAGUAACCGGAUGACCCCAAACUCCCUGGCCAUUGUUUUUGCCCCUUGUAUCCUGCGUGGCCCUGACAGUGCUGACCCGCUACUCAGCAUGAAGGAUGUUGCCAAGACAACCACGUGUGUAGAGAUGCUGAUUAAUGAACAAAUGAGGCGAUAUAUUGAAAGGCUGGAAGAGAUUGAGCAACUGGAGUAUGCUGAAACGCUGGCAAAGAACCAGCUCAAGCUUAAGCGAAGCAACACGACCUGGCCUUUACCUCUAAGGUUUACCUCUCCUUAUAAAGGAGUAGCGGUGAAAGAGAAACCUUCUGACCUUCGUGUAGUUCCUGAGAAUGAACCACUUGACUCAGACACAGAGGCUGAGAGGAACUUGGUGGAGCGAAUCAAGUCCAUCAAACAAGAGAAAGAGGACUUGGUGUGCAGGCUGCCAGAUAUGGAGCAGCCAGGUUCAGAUCAGGAGAAUUUGGACUCUGAGGCAUCGGCUAGCUCAGAAAGUCUUUUAGAUGACCGUACCCCCUGUUUGGACAUGGAAGGUAGAAUGACAGCCAUACCGCAAACCCAUAAACCGAAACCCUUUAGCUCAUCCUCGCUAUCCCAGCUGAGUUUAUCACAAACUAAGAACUGCAGUUCCUCCACUCCUGCUUUAUCAUCCUCCAGAAAUCAGCUUCAGCGCCGAUAUCCCAUCAUCCCCUGCACCCUGCGCCUGCCCGCUGGUGCCUUCACACUCGUACAGAGACGGCCCAGGCCCGGACGCCGCAAAGACAGCAUCCAGUCUCUCUUCUUGGGCUCUGGGCCCGAAUUGGAUGCCUUGUCCUCUUCUUUGUCUUCCUCCUCUAUCCCGCAGAACCUCCUUGUCUCCAGACGCUUCUCGGACCCCGACAUUGCUCGUAUAGAAGAUGAUGUUUGAUUUACGGCUUUCAUAUCGGCUCAGUCAAAGUUGACUGAUCCUGUUCACAAAGCACUUUUUCUCCUCGUUAUUAAUAAUAUAGAAUUUUUUUUUUUUAAAGUGCAUAUUUGUGAUGCAGCCUCAUGGGUGCUAUCAUAAACCUAAAUUCUAUGCUUGUCAUUUUUUUUUUUAUUUUAUGGACAAAGAGCAUGAUAUUGCACCUUUCUAUUUCUUCUUCUUUUUUAAAAAAAAAAAACAACAGUUUUUAAUUGUGCCUUUUAAUUUCUUGUCCGUGUAUAUGUUUGUACUGUUUCUCUUGAAAAGUAUGAGGGCAAGGACAUUUUUGGACAUGACCUCUUACUUAAAACACUUACAAAAAAAAAAAAAAUACAAAUCUCAGACACUUUCAUACCCGUUUCCCACCAACACAUUGCUGGUGCAGAUUCUGGUUGGUGCAGACCAACAAAUAAUUUUUUUUUUUUUUAAGCAGUCAAAUUUUUUAAAUGUUCUAUUUUAUUUUGGCUUUGAGCGUGUUUACGAGUUGAAUUCAUAGUAAAAUCUACACAGCACACAGAGAGAGGGAGAACAGGAUGUAUGUACAUGUAUCGAUUACUUUUAGCUAUUUAUUCUCGAUGUACAGUUGUGCAGUUGAUCCUGAUCUUAACAGGGACGCUGAAUUUAUGGUUGCGAUAGUCAUUUUAACAUUUUUUAUUAUUUUUUUUGCAAUAUCUAGUUUUAAUGAUAUAUCAAAAACUUCAGUUUUCUGAUCAAUUCUUGCUCUCUUGUUAUGCUGGAAACAUUUCAACAUUAUUCACCAUGCACCAUGUUGGUGGAAAAGCUCUUUGUGAACUGUGGACUUCUCAAGCUCCUUGGGAGUUAUCUAACAGAUCGUAUAAACCAGACAGCAGAGCAAAAGAAAAAACAGCAUGAGCCACUUUCUGUCUGGUGGAAGACACUCAGACGAAGCAACAUAAAACCUUUCUGUAUUUGCAUCAGCUUUUUUCAGACAAUGAACAAUAUCCUGGAUCUAUAGUAAACAGUAGGACGCUGCUCUCAAGGUCAGUGGGAAUGUCAUAGAAGUGUGUGUGAGUGUGUAUUGUGUUUACUAAUGAUGUGUUUAACCUGCUGGUGUAUGUUGUGCCAUGUGGAAGAGUCGCGAGUGAGGAAGAGUGGAUUCAAACGACAUGCUUGCUUUUGUUUGGUGUAUUUGUACUUUUCAGUGGCGAAUGUUUCUGUUCUGCUGUUCCUCAUCCAAAGGACAGAUCGAACUAAUUAUUUUCUUACAAUACACUUUGUACUUGGCUGCA